CACAUCACUAUUCUUUCAUUGACCUCACAUAUAUACAUUUUGCUUAUUUUCUUGCACAUUAUAUCUUUAUAAUACUCUUGAAAUUAAUUCUGGGGCAUGUUUAAUUAUUUUUGCAAUGUAUCAACUAAUUAUUGUUCUUCAUCUUUCAAUCUUCUUCAUAUUUUCCGUCGAAGCGCAAUUUAAUUCGGUCGAAGUAGAAAGACCGACACAAGAUGCAGGCGAAACAAAUAAUUUCCAACCAAGUCUCGCUGUUGUAAUCGGAAUUCUCUGUAUUAUGUUUUCUUUAACUUUUAUUCUCUUAAUUUACGCGAAAUUCUGCCACCGAGGAUCUACAGUUCAUGGCGAUUCGCAGAAUAUUAAUCCUGAUCAACUAGUUCGAUCUGGAUCAACUUACUCAGGAAUCGACAAAACUGUGAUCGAAUCGCUUCCUUUUUUCAAAUUCUCGUCGUUAAAAGGAUCGAAAAAAGGGCUCGAAUGUGCAGUUUGCUUGUCGAAAUUCGAAGAUAUUGAAGUUCUCCGGUUGCUUCCUAAAUGCAAACACGCUUUUCAUAUUGACUGUGUUGAUCAGUGGCUCGAAAAACAUUCGAGCUGUCCUCUGUGCAGAUGUAAAGUAAGUUCCGAAGACGCCAAAAUUAUCGCGUUUUCGAAUAGUCUGCGGUUCUUGACGAAUUACCAAUCUGAAGCUCGAGAGGAUUCGGAUAUUGAACUAUUUGUGCAAAGAGAAGAGAGUGAUAAUCGUCGUGGUUCUUCGAGAUUUAGCAUUGGAAGCAGUUUCCGAAAAACCGAAAAGUUAGACGAAGAUGAAGCAAUAUUAAUCCAAGAACAAGAAGAUAAAUAUUCUGAUGAUGAUGAUGAUAAACAAGAUUUGCAUAAAUUCAAUCACAAGAUUAUUAUAUCGGAUUUCGUUCUCAAGAAUCGGUGGAGUAAUGUGAGUUCUUCUGAUCUAUUGUUCUUGAAUUCAGAAAUGAUUCAAGAUUUAUCAAGCAACCGAUUUUCUUGUUUAGAAUCUGAAAAUGAACGGUUUGCCGUUCACGAAAGUGAGCAGAAGAUGAAGAAUUGUAAUCCUUCUACUUCUUCGGAUCAUUCGAACAAGAUUUCAAAUCAAGAUUCGUCAAAUAUUAUUGAAAACCAAGCGUGUGAAAGAAGAUCAGUGUCUGAAAUAACUGGUUUAUCAAGAUUCAGAAAUUCGAAUAUUAAUAAUUCAAUUUCAGGUGAAAAUAAUUAUGAUAGAGAGGAUUAUAGAGUGAGGAAGCUAUGGUUGCCAAUUGCUCGGAGAACAGUUCAAUGGUUUGCUAGUAGAGAAAGAUCUGAACAGACUAUGAACACAAGACAAACAUUAAAUGUAUAAGAAAUUAGUUUAGAUUUCUCUCUUUUUAAUUUCUUUUUGUUUUAAUUCGACCAUUUGAUUUAUUUUCUUGGUUAUAUAAUUCAUACUUCAAGUUUUAGAAACUUGCUAACGUUUUUAAUUUUCUAAAAUUUGGCAUAUUGAUGGAUAGUACAAUGUAAAUACUGAUUUUUAAUGUUAAACUAGAAUAUGUGUUUUUUUAA